AUGACAAUGAGGGUCUUUUUUUCUGCCACGGAGUCCGAGUCAGCCACGCCAUCUCCUUUCAUUGCGCACCACGUAUCAGUCUGCCCUCGUCGCCACGCAACCUCCUCGCUCUCCUCGACGAACGGCCUAGAAUUCCGUCUUCCCCAGAAAUUUUGGGCACGAAAAAGUGGCUCCCGAAGCCAACCUCUUUUAGCUGAGCUCCCCGCUGAUGCUGACAGGGUGCUGAGCUGGGACGCCAGGAAGCAGCCACCUGCCGAGGCCAGUGACCCACAGCUCGCCACGCACUUCUCUUCAAACGCCAAUCCCCGAUUCCUAUUCCAAUUACAAAAAUUGUUUGGCGCUCUCUGCUUCACGCAACGAAUCAGAAUCUCCUAUUCUUGCCCGACAUUAGUUGAUGCCUUGGAAAAGGCCCCUGAACCUCUUUUACCCAAAUUGUAUUUCGCGACCGCAAAAGACAUUCAGGCAAAGAAAACUUGUCGGAGAAGAAAGGCGCUUCGAACGGGGAGUUGGGUUUUGGAGAGGGCUUUCUCUGCCGCUGGCGCUGCCGUCAUCUCCGCAAUCAUCGUCAACCCUCUCGAUGUCGCCAAGACAAGGUUGCAAGCUCAGGCUGCUGAAGUCCCUUCUAAGGGGCUGUGUCACAUGUCCUCAUUUGAUUCUAAUGCGAUGCUUCCAGACUUAAGAAGUUAUACGUCAUGCACACGUUCCAUAUUUGACAAUGUACCAGUGUGUCCUCCCGAAUGUGGCCGGUAUAAAGGGACUCUGGAUGUCUUCUACAAAGUUAUACGCCAGGAGGGAUUUGCAAGGCUGUGGAGAGGCACAAACGCAAGCUUGGCUUUGGCGGUUCCAACUGUGGGGAUCUAUUUGCCGUGCUAUGAUAUCUUGCGCAAUGCAAUGGAAGGUUAUACAACAGAGAACAUGCCAGGCUUGACACCAUACGUUCCAUUGCUUGCAGGCUCAGUUGCUAGAUCAUUAGCCUGUAUUUCUUGUUAUCCUGUGGAAUUGGCAAGAACGCGGAUGCAGGCAUUCAAAGAAAUGAAAAAUGGUCCAAAACCUCCAGGAGUUUGGAAGACAUUGCUUCGGGUCAUUAACCCUGUCGGAAGCACAAACAGCCUUCAAAAUUUACACACCUACCGCAUUCUGUGGACUGGUCUUGGAGCACAACUCGCACGUGAUGUUCCUUUUUCUGCAAUCUGCUGGUCAACUCUUGAGCCGGCAAAUCAGGCAGAAAAUUUUGAUUUGGUUGGAGAGGAAUCCACUGCAGCGAUUGUCCUUGGAGCAAAUUUUUCUGCUGGUUUUGUGGCCGGAACAAUUGCAGCUGCUGCAACUUGUCCGCUGGAUGUGGCAAAGACAAGGCGACAGAUUGAGAAGGAUCCAACAAGGGCAUUGAACAUGACAACAAGACAGACUUUAGCUGAAAUAUGGAGGGAUGGUGGAAUGAAAGGACUGUUUGCCGGAGUGGGACCUCGAGUUGGUCGCGCUGGUCCAUCGGUUGGAAUAGUUGUGUCGUUCUAUGAGGUCGUCAAGUAUUGUUUACAUCACAGACACAUUAAAGAUGGUGUAAGGGGAUAGGUACUCCUGCGGGUCCUUUUAUCGUUCAUGCAGAGACUAGUUUUGUUCAACCUCGGCCAUUGAUAUAGGAUGGACACUGCAUCCGACAACCGGAAGAGGACUAAGAGCAUAAUACAAGAGUGGAUUGAUCGUCAGCACGCGUGCAAAAAUUGCACAUUUUGCUUCGUUGCUUCAUCGCCUGGUGGAUGUUUAUGUCCCAUGCAAACCCGGUGUAUCUAAUAAUUCCUUUCGGUAAUGUCGAAGUACGCUAUCGCUUGAUGGCGUAUGGCAAAUUGUGGUCGGAGAAUUGAAGUUCCUUUACUUAUUUAUUUUUAUAAUUCUUUUUGGAUUAUCCAAAGGUUUAGGUAAAUUGCAUCUUCUAGCAUUUAGCUUCUAUUCUUUUAAAGAAAGGAGUAUACUCAUUAUUACAUGUGUAAUGUGGAGAGAAGCAGGUUGAUCGAAAAACUCUCAAAUUUUCGGUUCGGUUCGGUUCAA